UUUCUUUCUUUCUUUCUUUCCCGCAUCUUCUUCUCCAUCGCGCUCCUCUCCUCUCCUCUCUGCUGCCGAUCUGCUGCUGCGCGAGCCAGAGCUCCUCCUCCUCCCGCGCGCGGCCGGCAAGAACCAGCAAGGUGCGGGAUAGCCACCUGAAGUUGGAUUGCACUGAUUCUUUCCUUUGGAACCUGCAGCCAAUCCAUAUAUUUUCAAUGCUCCCUCUGAGGUAGCAUGUCUGAACAACAGGAUCAUGCUAGCAAAAGUUCUUGCUCAAGUCUUAGCACCAGUACUCAGGAGAGUGAGGAGGAUGUGACAGUUGGUACCCUUUUAACUGAAGCAAAGAACAGUGGACGGAGUCUUGGAAAACGCCUUUCCCACUUAGAUUCUAUCCCGCACACUCCUCGAGUUAAUGGGCAAAUUCCUGAUGUUAAUAAUGCAACAAUAGACCAUGAAACAUUACUGGAAAGAUUGGGCACUUAUGGCUUAGCUGAAUUCCAAAUUGAAGGAGACGGAAAUUGUCAGUUCCGAGCUUUGGCAGAUCAGAUAUUCCGCAAUCCUGACUAUCACAAACAUGUGAGGAAGUCAGUCGUGAAGCAGCUAAAGGAAUUCAGGAAACACUAUGAAGGCUAUGUACCGAUGGAAUAUAAGGUGUACUUGAAGAAAAUGAAAAGAUCUGGAGAAUGGGGAGAUCAUGUGACCUUACAAGCGGCUGCAGACCGGUUUGCUGCCAAGAUUUGCCUGCUGACAUCAUUUAGAGACACAUGCCUAAUCGAGAUAGUCCCCAGAGGUGCCACUCCCACAAAAGAGCUUUGGUUAAGCUUCUGGAGUGAGGUGCACUACAAUUCCUUGUAUGCAACUGAAGAUCUUCCAAAUCGCAAGACCAGAAAGAAGCACUGGCUGUUCUAAGUAGGUAGAUAGCCUAUGGCAAUUCUUGGAAUUGUACCUGCCAUUGUUCUUCUCACUCAAUCUAGUAGCAGCUGUAACUUCAUUUCACUUCGCUCAUUUUCUGUCAUUGCUGAUGCUGUAAGUUGUAACUCGGGAGCAAACUUUGUAAGCUUAUGUACAGUGAAAUGCUGUUUGUUCAUCUCCUUUUCUGAAGGCCUGUUUCAGUAAAAAAAAAAAA